AUGAGAGCUAUUCUCCUUUCAAAGCGAAAUCAAAAAGAGGAAAAAGAAGCACACGAAAGACAAUCGAAGUUGAUUCACCAUCCUCCUUGUCCUCGUCAAUCUCACCACCACCACUCCUCUUCCACUCCCUCCUCCCCCGCAACCCCAACCGCUGGAGCUCGCCGUAAAAUCGGAGUCGCCGUUGAUCUCUCUGAUGAAAACGCCUUUGCCGUCCGUUGGGCUGUAGAUUACUACAUCAGUCCCGAAGACGCCGUUGUUCUACUCCACGUUCUCUUCUGCGCCGAUUGGGGACUUCUCCCUCUCAAAACUCAACCUCCUCUAGAAGAUCCAUCUUCUCAAUCUCACCAAUCGCAUUAG